CUCUUUUUCACUUCUGCACCUCUUCUUUUCUUUAGCGACAUGAUGUUCCAUUGAUGUGCGUCGUUGGCAUCAUCUCAGCCCCCUGGGAAUUUGUGGGAAAUAGGAGCUGAGGGGAAGGACCUGAGAGAAGAGGACAGCAGAGGAUGAGUGUGGAGUAAAUAGAGAUGACAGCUCCAUCUAAAGUUUAAUAAACCAGGGAUUUGAGCUGAGCAGGUGUGAAGGAGUUUUAAGUUUUUAAGUCAUCUGGUUGCGGUCUCUGAAAGCGUUGGAGGUGAGAAGGCUGAGCUUGGUGGAUGCCAGGCUGCAGCUAUGGUCGUUGAGGCGAGGUUUCCUCCCUCCUCAUCAGUGACCUCACCGUUUGUCCCACCAUGCUGAAUGACCCCGUCGCCUCCUCCUUCUACAUCGUCCUGGAGCUGCUCAUCGCUGUGUUCUCCGUGCUGGGCAAUGUGCUGGUCUGCUGGGCCGUGUGCCUCAACAGCAACCUGCAGAGCAUCACCAACUUCUUCGUGGUGUCGCUGGCGGUGGCCGACAUCGCUGUCGGCGUCCUGGCCAUCCCCUUCGCCAUCGUCAUCAGCACGGGCUUCUGCUCCAACUUCUACGGCUGCCUGUUCAUGGCCUGUUUCGUGCUGGUUCUCACACAGAGCUCCAUCUUCAGCCUGCUGGCCAUCGCUAUCGACCGCUACAUCGCAAUCAAGAUACCGCUCAGGUACACCAGCUUGGUGACAGGUCAGCGGGCUCAAGGCAUCAUCGCCAUCUGCUGGGUUUUAUCCAUCAUCAUCGGUCUGACCCCCAUGAUGGGCUGGCACCAGCGGGUCCAGAGCGCCAACCACACCUGCCCGCCCGGCCUGAUGAGGUGCCUGUUCGAGGAGGUGGUGGCCAUGGAGUACAUGGUCUACUUCAACUUCUUUGCCUGUGUGAUGAUCCCGCUGAUGCUGAUGUUGGCCAUCUACCUGUGCAUCUUCAUGGCCGCUCGCCACCAGCUCAAGCUGAUGGAGGUGAAAGCGGUUCACGGGGAGAAGUCGCGCUCCACGCUGCAGAAGGAGGUCCAGGCUGCCAAGUCUCUGGCCAUCAUUGUCGGGCUGUUUGCGGUCUGCUGGCUGCCUCUGCACAUCAUCAACUGCUUCACCCUCUUCUGUCCUCACUGUGAGCGUCCUCCGGCCUGGAUCAUGUAUGUGGCCAUUAUUCUCUCGCACGGCAACUCCGUGGUCAACCCCUUCAUCUACGCCUACCGCAUCCGGGAGUUCAGACAAACCUUCCGCAGGAUCAUCCGCCGCCACAUCCUGGGCAGGCAGGAGCGGUUCGAGAGCGGCAGCAGUAGGCGCAACUCCAUCCGACUUAAGCCGAACAGCCUGAGCUUUGACCUUUUCACUGAACACAGCAGCAGCAGCAGUAGCUGUGAGAGCUCCUACCGCGGCCCUGCUCACACAUCUCCUGUAGGGGGUGGCCUGGUGGCAGUGUCCCGCCCCCCUCUGUCAGUCAUCAUAUCCCACUGUCCUAAAGUCGGCCCUUGUCCACUGCAAACCCUCAGACAGACUCAAAUCCCCAUAGGCCAUCAUCUGCAGUACGCGGAGCAGCAGCAUGACCGCGCUGGAGAGGAAGUUGUGGAGGAUAAAGACAAACAGAACCUCGGCUCCGGCCCGGUCACCUCACUGUUGAACACGCAGAACAGAAAGAGCUGCAUCAGUGAGCUGGCAAAGGUGUUGUGACGCGUGAACGUUCACUGAUAUUCACGAGCCUUCAGUAAUAUGCCAACAUCACCUCAGCAUCGGGAUGAGUCCUGAUCCGCCAUGGAAAUGGGAGCACUGUAAACAGAUAAUGGACAGAGAAUAUCACUGAGAUGAUUUACAUCUCCUCGCUAUGAGAAACUCUCCAGUAUUUAAACACAGUGACUUUUUAAUUUAAACCAGACUAAAAGUCUACGAGCACUGCUAGUGGACCAAAGAGGUUGUGUUGCUUCAUAUCAACCGUCAUGACCAUGAGUCGACUGAGCGACUGUCACUUCCAUCUUUAAGGUGCAGGCACUUCACACAUCACAAAAUGGCUCUGCUUGCAUUCAAACAAACUUGAUAACUUCAUGCUUUUUGCUUCGUCUUUACGAAAUAACUAGGGUUUAAUACAAAUGCACUUUGACUAUUAAAAGUGUGUCACCCACCAAAGCUUAGCCAAAAUGGAGAGGAGGCCUUCACUCUCUUUAACUAGUCUUUAAACUAGUUGUUUUACUGCAGGUUGAAGUGAUAAACCAUUGUAUGCAUGUAAAUAUCAUCCUGGCAUUUCUGGUCUGAUUGGGACUUAUUUAUAAGUUAUUUUCAGGAAUGUGAAAUGUGGAUGUAAAUGCACUCUGAUGGAUUUCAUCCUAUAACAUACAUCACCAUGGGCAAAUGAUUUUUUCUUAUGCAGUCUUGCACCGUCAAGUUCACUCUCAUUUGAAGAAAGUAAUACAUUUUUCACAUUUGCCCUAUUCCCUCCUCUCACAUUGUAAUGCAGCUUCAUUGUAUUAAUUUAUGUGCGCUCACACAUUAAAUGAACAAGUUCUAAUUGGUCUUAAAAAAACAAGAACAGUACUCUCACCAGUGACAGGUUGCUUCAUGUUUAUGUCAUUAGCAAUGUAAUGUUUCACAUGUUUAAAAGCGAGGGCCCCGAUGUUGGUCCUGCAAUGCUGAAAUGUAACCUCGUAUUUUUGUUUGCUCAGUGUGACAAUGUGACUUGAAUUACUUAAAUUAUAUUCAUGUAAACGUGGACCUCUGAGAUUUGAUGAAUGACAGGAAAUUGUUGAAAGAGGAUUGUGAAUUGGCAAUAUUUCAGACAUAAAUCAAACUCA